AUGGUCGCCGUAAGGCCAUUGGCAUCGUCAUGGCCAUGGUCCCGUCGCCCGCCCUGGUGGUACUUUUCCGAAUACACCUACCACGUAUCUAGACAGACCCCCAGGCGCUUCUUUCGCGUCGCCAUCGUCAGCCUCCUCGUCAGCAUCUUCAUCAUUUUCAGUCUCACGAGCACGCCGCCUCCACCCCGGCCUCACCAUGCGCCCUUUGAGACACCCCUCUCCAAUCUCAUCGUUCACGGCGAGCAUGUCGAGCUUCUCCCUGACCCCGCAUACCCUCUCGAGCCAUUUCCCGACUCUCCGAUGCACGCCUCCGAGGCGUCAUCCCUGUCCACGUCCCCGGGCCAGCCGCAACCACCAUGGCUCGUCACCGUCAUAAGCCCUGCUACCGACGCUGCUCGUCGCAUGCUCAUCCGCUCCACGUGGAUGCGCCUCUACCGCGACGUGCCAUUCACCGCCCGAUUCGUCGUCUCCAACCCGGGUCCCAUGUGGACCGACAAUCUGCGCAUCGAGAACCGCACCUUUGGUGACUUGAUUGUCCUUGACCACCUGCAGGAGGAUGACGUGACGGCCAAUACCGUCAAGACAUUAGAGCUGUACCGCUGGUUGAUUAGGCAGGGCCAUCGCUACGAGUUUGUCUCCAAGAUGGACACGGACCUGUGGUUCAACGCUCGCGGCUUCUACGACAAGUACAUUUCCAAGCUGCUCUCCAAUCAGACUGGCAACCCUCAGGCGCUCGUCGAACGCACCAUCAUUGGCGAAUUGUACUACUCGGCCCGCCACGAUCUGGUCUUCCCCCACGGCGCGAUGUACACGGCCACUUGGGACAUGGUUGAGCUGCUCGCAUCCCUGCAGAGCCGCUUCAACGUCAUCACUGGCGAGGACAUGGCUCUUGCCAUGCUCAUGCUCAAGGGUCGCGAGACAGCCAACUUUAUCAACUUCAAGGGCUCCGAAAAGUUCAACUACGACGAUGAUGACUCUAGGGGGGAUGGCACCGCCUGGGCCCGCCGGAAUACUCAUACAGAUGCCACGCACCACGCUAUUUACGGCUCUGAUCCUAUUGCAGUUCACCAACUCAAGGAUGAGGGCAUGUUCCUCAAGGUGGCCGACUGCUUUGACAGCAAUGGCAUUCGCGAGAUGGAGCCCGCCGGCCCAGAGCGCGCGCCCCCUUUUGAGGUUGUCUGGUACGACUUUCUGCAUAUAAUCAACAUGAAUGUCCAUUGGAAGUCUCGUUUUGAGAGGAUACCCGAAUUUCUCUGGAGUUUUGGAAAUGGUUAUUGGUUUUGUGAUGGCAUUUGGCGUUUGGGCCACACUAGAAUGGGGCACAUAGAAGACCUCGAGCAUUUUUAG